UCACGCUCAGCGUUAUUUUCUCUUUCGCCAUGGGCAAUAACUCCAGCAGCCCCGCGUCUACUUCUGCGCCGCUCAGCAGCAGCGGCACGGGCGCGCGCGGCGGCUUCCUGGGCUCGUUCCUGUCCGGCCGCCGUCUAGACUUCACAUUGAGCAACAUGCGGUCGCUGCACACGCAGCUAACGCGCUUCGCUGGUCUUCCCGACGCCGAGAUCGUGGAGCUAUUGCGCGUCCUGUCCGAGUUCCUCAUCUAUUCGGACCAACACCGCGUAUCUGUGGAGCUAGAGGACCAGGCUGCCUUAGAUGAGGCUCCAGACGACGCUGGUGCCUUCUUUGACUACUUUGGAGAGACCAAUAUGCUCGCAUUACUGGUAGAACUGGGCGCCAGCCAGCCCUCCAUGCCUGUACAGGUUCAACUGCUGCAAACUAUGAGCAUCCUAGUGCAAAAUAUCACGACACGCACGUCGCUGUACUAUAUUUUAAGUAAUAAUCACGUUAACCGCCUGCUGGAGUGCCCGUUUGAAGUGGAUCGAGACGACGACGUGCGAGACUGGUACGUGACCCUGCUCAAGGCCUUGUCGCUGCGGCUCAACGAGGAAACAGUGCAGUUCUUUUUAGACACGCAGCCAGCAGGGGAAGACUUCCGCUUCCCGCUCUACGCACGCGCGCUGCAGUUCGGACGGUGCAAUGAGACGAUGGUCAAGGUGGCGGUCAAGACGCUGACGCUCAAUGUUCUCCGAGUCCCGGACGCGAGAGUGCGGAGAUUCGUGCUGCAAUACGAUGAUUUAAAUUACUUCCGGGAUAUCGUGGAGAUCGCCAACGACCUGACACUCAAGCUGCAGGGAUUGCUGAAUACAUGGCCGUCUGCAGAGGACGCAGCGGGACGAAUAGCUACUACGGAGAAAUUGGAGGAGGCAGUGGACGCCUAUAUUGACCACUGUUUUUACUUACAGGAUCUACUGGAUGUGAACGUCCCCGAGCUGUGCUAUAAAAUAGGGGACUUGCUGUUUUCGAGACAUAUUAAGUGGCUAUUGGCGACGAGUAUACUGCCUGACUGUGGACCCCCACCACAACGAGUGUCGACGCAGCUGGCGCUGUAUUUACUCACUAGACUUUUGGGCAUUUUGGAGCACACACCUCUUGUGAACGCGAUCUCCUUUAUGUUGUUGAGUUCGGAUGCGACGGAAACCAGUGAAUACUCGACAGUAGCGCUAGGAGCUGGAUCAAAACGGAGACUUAGCAGCUCACAUUACUUGGAAACAGUAGACAGCAACGAUGACGAGAGUACUGCUACAACGGAGAACUCAUCUCGGCCGCUAUCUCCACAGCCUGAUCUGCGAUGGGACAAGGAGGCGCCUCCGAUGCAUGUGUUCCGUCCCCAUUCAGCUACAACAUGUGAGUCGUCACUGUGUUACGUUCAAACACGCUUUGCCAUGGGCGAGUGGCCUGUUGACGAGGUGAAGGCGUUUGUACCGCAGAGCACGAACUGUUACCGUCAGUCGUUGCUAUCACUGUUGUGUUCGAGCGAUGAGCGGCUCUCGUCGACAGUGGUUAUACUUCUACUAGCUAUCAUCAACAAUAGGGCUGUGGACCAUUCUUUAUUACGGGAGCUGGAUCUACUACCCUUUAGAUAUCGUACCGGAAAGUCUGCUUCCCGUAGCAAUGGACACGAUGAGACGCAGCAAGAAGAGAAUGAAGAUAAGACUAUGAAAUCUGCACUGCCAGCUACUGCAUCUCUAUCGUCUUCAUGCGAUUCUUCUAGCUCACAAGGAAUGGACGAAGAUGCUGAUAUGAAUUCUGCUACCGAAGAGGCGGCAAGUGAAGAUGGACUAAAGAACAGUUCGUGCCGGACAGGUACAUACCCUUACUGGCUAGUCGAGCUGAUUCUGGAGGUUCUUGCGCGAAAUCAAAGCUCGCGCUUGUUUAGUGUGCAGCUAUGUAUACGUUUGCUGGUGGAUAUCAUGGCUGACACACGUACACCAUCGCACCGCUGUCUCACUCAGCCUCACGCUGCUACACUCAAGAAUGUCCACUCGAGCAGUGCUCAUCUUGUCAUGGAGAGUAUGCGCGGCGCUAUGGCUGAAGUGGAUUUGUUCAUUUACGUACUGGAGAAAGAGGUAGCGAACUUCCAGCGUAUGCCCUUCCCUAUGGAGUUGCAGCUGGAUUCAUCGUCGCCGUUUGAGUGCCUUGUUCCUCUCACGAAGGAAGAGUCUGCAAACGCUCCAGCGUGGGCUGGUUCGCGAGACACGUUGGCACUGCGUCGUCCUUCGAAUGAGAUGGAAGUCUGUCGGAAAUCUAUGCGAGUCUUCCUUUUAUUGCGAAAAUUACGCGGACUCUUGGAUGAGACAUACGCAAGCGACGGAUUGGAGCAGCUUGUUGCUUACCGUCAUCCCCGCACGAGCAUUCUAGCGAGUGCUGCAGGUGGUAAAGGCUCCUGUACAGCGCCACUGGACGGCAUGGUAUCUCUGAGGUGUAUGUAUCGCGAGCAACGCUUCUUGUUAAUGCCCACAAGACUGUUGAUGGUGAUGAAUCCGGAGGCUUUUGUUCUCGUAGAAAAGAUCCCCGACCAAAACGAUGACAGCAGUUCAAAUGACGGCGAAGGGGAAGGGAUUGUAAAGGUAUUUGCACCUAUCCACCGCACAUACUGUACGAUGGAUCCACGAGAUGAUCGUGUGUUGCAAGUGUCCGUGCGCUCUGUAACCCCAGUGCCUGGUUGCCGCAGUGGUCGGAAAGACAGUCGGGAGGCACAUUCAUCUGACAGGCUGAAGGACUGGAGCGUUUUGUUGAUGUUCCCGACCGCAGAGGAUUGUGCCCAAGCACAAGCUCACAUCAAUAUCAGUGGCACGGAAGUACGCGCUUUUAAGCUGCAUCAGAUAGAGGAGAGCUUGACUGCACAUCUACAGGUAACGCAGUCUAGCAAUGGUAAGCGGCGUGGAUCGUUUUUCACAAACGCCCAGGUACACAUCGAAGAAGACAAAGAUGAUGAAGACGGAGUUGGAAGCAGUGAAGAAAGCGACGAGAAUGAAGUUGAUGAAGGAAUGGAGGAGGAAGAGAAAGAAGAAGACGAGUCCUCUGAUUGAACGGCAAGCCAGUGUAAGGUACAGCAAACCGCUGGUGUGCGGUCCUAUGUGGUGUUUCAUAAUGCCAACGUCGACUGCUAGCGCACGAGACCAGUAGUGCCAGCAACGUUCGAGGCACCGCUACCUCCCAUGACCUCGGCUUUCAUGCGCAAGAAACUGGAACGAACUUCAGCUGGCUGUGCGUUCAGAAAAUCCGCUGGAAAAUGCGCUGAAGCAUCAGCGGCGAGACUGAGCAGCUCUUUGGUAUUCUAAAGUAUUGGAAAUGUGAGCAAAUGGCAAUGAAAUGGAUUACGUAAUUUCCGUACCUUGAAGAGAGCAGCGACGCUAUCGACGAGAGUGCGUACGUUGUCUGGUUCGGUGUCGCUGUAAAGAGUUUUGACGGCGGCCAGGAGUUUGUCGACUGCAGCAGCACGCUCUUGGGCGAAUUGUUGCUGCAAGGCUACAAGAUCCCGUUUAAUCUGUUCGCCGUUGACGCUGCGUGCCUCCUUGGGGAAUAAUCUAGGCGCGUAUUUGAUGAGAAAUUUGAUGUCGGACAGUUCGGUCAGGUGGUCGUAGAUCUGGCGCACCAUUCCUUCGACCGUCGUGGGGUCGAUCCGAUCAAAGUACAAGUUGCGGAUCUUGAGCUCGAGGUCAGCAGCGCGCCUCUUACGUUCAGUGGCAGUUCGCAGUACGUCGAACUCGCGGCGUAUACGUGUGGCAUCCAGAUUCUCGAUUUUUUUUAUUGAGAACUCCUGUGGGAAUAGACGCUCGGUGUUGCGAAGCAAGGAGCGGACAUCAACGGCUUGUGGGAACAGCUUGAGUACACGGCGUAACGUGGUGUAGAGUACUGCGCUCGCUGUAGCACUGUCAUCAAGACGCUUGAGGCGUUGUUUGUUGAUCGGUGUAGCUAGAAAGGGAGAAGAUCAGAGGCUCAUCGUCCUCGUUUUUCUUCAAGAGAUGGCCCUUAGACACCCAGCGACGCUGCAAAGGUGUGUCGUCGAUGUUGAUGACGCGAAGAUGUUGCAGACGACCAAGUUCUUGUGGAAGUGUCUCGAGUGCUGAGGAACUGGCGUCAAGAUCUUGCAACUUAGUGCAGUUGACGAGCGAACUUGGUAGUCGCUUCAGACGCGGGUUGUUGUUCACGUAAAACUCACGCAGUGCAACUAGUGAUCCGAUCGCGUCAGGAAUGGCGUGUGGUCCCUCCAGCUGAUUGAAACUGAGAUCGAGUCGCACCAAUGUGGUAGUAAAUUCUCCGGAUGAACUAGAUGAGGACGACCCAGAUGUAUUCGAGAAGAGUUCAGACGGUACUCGUGUGAGCUGGUACUGAAUGAGGUGAAGCAUGCCAUGUUUCUUGGCUUCUUCCACCUGUGAAGCCACGCUACGUCGGCCCAUGUUUAAUGAGUACCAAGAACCUGACAAGAAUGAAAUGAAGCGACGCUUUGAAGAGUCUAGACACAGUUUGAACGGUUGUCAUACUUUCGUCCUGUUCUACUGCUGUGUGGCCACUAAAUGGCAGGGUUCCGAUGGAUAUACGGUAAAUUGCUCGGUAGAGUCUUGAUCUGCAUCCGAACGCCUUCAUCUUCGUUGAUUGUCACAAUGCGUGGUGCAGGGGGAGUGCUGCCUGCCUCGGAUGGAGUGGAGGCUCCAAGCUUGGCCUCAACACGUUUCGUGAUCGCUGCUACUGAUCGAACCGAGUGCACUGACCGAAUCGACUUGCAUUCAGAGAGCACGCUACUUGCCACGCUCAUGGCAUCGUCGUCGCCGUCCUUGGCAUCUGCACGGUCCCAACCGAGUUGAGACAGAUCGUUCCCGUUGAGAGCACCGCCACCGUUGGCCAAUUCUUCAAGCCGCUGCUGUUCACGUUCACUACGCUUUUCUUCAGCCUGUUCAUAGUCUACAAUAGACUGCACUUGUGCUAGCUGCUGCUCGACUUGUGCGACGCGUGCCUUAAUCUCCACGUCGUCCAUGAACUGAUCAAUGUCUAGAUUGUUUGCAAACUCAAUGAGAUCAUUAGCUUCCGCGUCCUCCAAGCAAUCAAGCUUCUCGUCUGCAGUUGCUUUUGUAAGUGCCCACAUGGGUCGGUUCAAGUUCUUUUUCUUUUCUUCAGCUUCAGUGUUAGGAACAUCUUCGU